AUGCUCGUAACCGGAUACCCCGCCUUCGCGCAGAAGGAACUCAUGGACUCCUUCGCUGCCCGCGACAGCAUUGAUGUCACACCACGGGCCAGCGAGGACGUCACUGUUCGCGGGAGCCUCGACUUCCCCAUCAGGGAGAGCGUCGACAGCACCGUUAGGGGCAGCGUCAACAUCGCUGCCAGGAAGAGUCUCGACCAAACUAUUAGGGCGAGCACGGACACCAGGCUAGAGUUCAAGAGGACCAGCAUGGACUCGGACAAAAUGAGUGAAAUCAUUGAGAAGGAGAUAGACUCGGGUCAGACUACUCCCGUGGAGGAGUUUUUGAACUGGUCAGGAUGGUACAAGUGGUACCUGAACAUGCUUGGAGGCUUAUUGGGCUUUGUGACGACCUUUGCGUCGUCCGCGCCGUCCGGGUAUGCCACCGACAUCCUCGCCAAGUUUCACCUCGAUGCCGAACUCGACGCGCUCGUCAUCUCGCUUUUUGUUAUGGGCUUUUGCGUUGGGCCUCUUCUGUGGGCUCCGCUCUCUGAACAGUACGGACGUCGACCCAUCUUGAUCAUCAGCUUCCUUGGGUUCACGGCCUUUCAAAUUGCAUGUCCCUUCGCAACGCACUUCGGUGCUAUCGCCGCCUUCCGAUUCUUAGGCGGUGUCUUCUCGGCUUCUACUCAGCCCAUAGCCCCUGCCUUUGCUGUCGAUCUCUGGGAUGAUGCGACAAGGGAGAAAGCUCUCAUCGUCCAAGCUAUCCUGUCUUUCAUCGGUCCUACAAUCGGUCCUCUUGUCAGCGGCUACAUGGCUGCAGCAAACAUUGAUUGGAAGUGGUGUUUCUGGAUGCUCGCCAUAAUGACCGGCACGUGCACCCUCUUGAUCAUCCUCACCUACCCAGAGACCUACAGGCCGAUCCUUCUUACCCGCAAGGCUAAGCGUUUGCGCAAGGAGACGGGUGACGUGCGCUACCAGGCCCCCCUUGAGCUAGUUCAGAGUCCCAAGCUGUCUGGAAGGCUUCAUGAUACACUGGCCAAACCUUUUAUCAUGUUCCUCCUCGAGCCCAUGCUAAUCGCUACCACGAUGUACCUGGCGUUUCUCGGCGGUUGUCUGUACAUGCUAUUGGAGGCGUACCCUGUCGUUUUCCAGGAGGGCUAUCACUUCUCUUCCAGCACGCUCGCCCUGACAUACCUCCCUGUGACCGCUGGCAACUUUUUCGCAUUGGCUCUGCACCUCUGGGUCAUACAACCCGAGUACGAGCGGAAGGUGAAGGCAUAUGCGCCUAACCCAGUUCCUCCUGAAGAGCGGCUCUGGGUGGCGGUGUGGGCCGCCCCUCUCUUCGCCAUCACCUUCUUGUGGUUCGGGUGGACGUCGUUCCCGACGAUCAACUUCUGGGUUCCGAUGAUGUCAGGCUUCGUCAUGGGUUGUACGAUGCUUCUCUUGAUGGUCGCAAUGUUCAAUUACAUCGUCGACGUCUACGCUUUCGCAGCAGCAAGCGCACUCUCAUCCAGCAUGGCCAUCCGAAACGUCUUCGGCGCGGUGUUCCCACUCUUCUCGACGCAGAUGUACCGCGCCCUCGACCCGCGGUGGGCGUCGACCUUAGUGGGGUGUGUCGCCAUCGUCGCUAUCCCCAUCCCCAUUGUCCUCAAACGGUAUGGUCCCGCGUUCCGCGCGAAAUCGCGGUACCAAGACCCCGUGCGCAUCAUUUAG